UGAAACUCAGCAGGCGAAUGGUGACAGCAAACAAAGAAAUAAAAGAGGGAAGAGCUGCCUCCAAAUCAAUGGGUGACGCAGUGAGUGUGAGCAGCGAGGCAGCUAGAGCUGGCAAACAGUGGGAGCGGCGCCUCCAGACACUGCAGACAGCAGCCGACAACCAGACAGCCAGCGAGCAUGGCCGAGCCUACUAAAACCCACGUUAUCCUGCUGGCCUGUGGGAGCUUCAAUCCCAUCACUAAAGGACACAUUCAGAUGUUUGAAAGAGCCCGUGAUUAUCUGCACAAGACAGGACGGUACAUCGUGAUUGGCGGAAUUAUCUCACCAGUUCAUGACUCCUAUGGGAAACCGGGUCUUGUCUCCAGUCGACACCGCCUCACAAUGUGCCAGCUGGCUGUUCAGUCAUCUGACUGGAUCAGGGUGGAUCCAUGGGAGUGUUACCAAGAUACUUGGCAAACAACCUGCAGUGUACUGGAACACCAUCGGGACCUUAUGAAGAGGGUUACGGGUUGUAUUCUAUCCAAUGUAAACUCUCCAGCCACACCCGUGAUUGGACAGCCGCAGAAUGGAAGACGCUCUAUCUACCAGAAUUCCACAAUCACAAAUGAAAAACCCACUGCAGUUCGAAUCUUGGGGAAGGUCAGCGAAAGUCUGGGAAAAAUCUGCUGUGUUCGUCCACACGUUGAACGUUUCACCUUUGUGGAUGAGAAUGCAAAUUUGGGUACUGCUAUGAGAUAUGAAGAGAUUGAGCUCCGCAUCUUAUUACUGUGUGGCAGUGACUUGCUGGAAUCUUUCUGUAUCCCAGGUCUGUGGAAUGAGGAGGAUAUGGAAAUGAUUGUGGGUGAUUUCGGAAUAGUGGUUGUCCCUCGUGACAAUGUAGAUACAGACAGGAUCAUGAACCAGUCGUCAUUGCUUCGCAAGUACAAGGAUAACAUCCUAGCUGUAAAGGAUGACACUAAUCAUCCCAUGUCUGUUGUGAGUUCUACCAAGAGUAGAUUGGCUUUACAGCAUGGUGAUGGCCACGUGGUGGAAUAUUUGAAUCAGCCUGUUAUUGAUUACAUCCUGCAAAAUCAGCUCUACAUCAAGACGUCUGGAUAAAACUCUCCAGCAAGAACCAGAAAGAACAGCUUACAGUUUCCUUCUCAGUAAAACUGUACUACUGCUCUACUGCUUAUAUAUACAGAGCUUCUAUUGUCUGCCAUUCCCACUGUACAAUAAGAGUAGAAGCUCUACUGACAGAAUGCACUGUUUGAACUGCACAGAACUUCUCGCUGUCCACUCGUGUCUCUUUCUCUGUGCUGCCCUCUAAGUGACACUUAUGCUGACCUUCCUAUUAUCACAGAAUACCAAGCGUCAGUAUAACUAUUUCCAUUUUUUUUUAUUAGAGAUAGAAUCAUGUACGUUCUUCAUAGGAUAUUCCUAACCUUGCUGUGCUGCUUGCAACUUUGACACAACCAGGGGUCACUUACUCUCUCUGGAUGAGUGAUUCAGGAUUUACAGAUAGUAGCAUGCUUAGUUCAAAGAAUUGCUUCAAUGCCUCUGUGUUUAAUAAAUGUGGUAAGCUCAAAAAGUCAAUUGUUUUCUCUACAGGAGCAAUGUAAGAAUUUGACGAUAUUGCAGGUAUUCUUGACAUUUCACAAAAUGCAUAAUGUCCAAAAUAGUCAUCAAUGUCUUGAUAUAGCUGGGAAAAAAUAAGUUUGCAUGAAAGUUCUGCUUGGAGAUGGAUCAUCACACUUGCCCUUCUUUUCUCCAAUUACAUCACAGCAGCUCACAGAAAUAAAAGAAAAAUUAAGUAGAACUUCAAUAUUUAUAAAUAAUAUAAUUUUUAUUGCUUGGGUCUCAUCAGCAAUUUCACAGAAACUUCAAAUAGAACCAGUGUGGAAUUCAGCAUCAAACAGUCUGUUUAAAAUCACACUGUGACUUAAUUCAUUUCUAUGCAGCAGUAGAAAGCACAAUUGAACGAUCAAAUUGUGUGCAUAAAUCAGACUGUUUGUUCUCUAGUAUAAUAUACUGCAUCAUUGAGUAAAUCGUUUUGAAAUAAUCAUAUUGUUAUAAUAUUGCAGCCACAAAAGCCUUCAACAAACUUAGAGAAUAACAUGGUAUUCACAUAAGCAAUCUGCCCAUUUAAACAACAGUAAAUGAUAAUUAAUAGUCAAAUGUUGAAACAGAGAAACUUAAGUCCUUUAUAGCAGAUGAUAUUCCUUGACAAUAUUAGUUUCAUUUUAAGAUUAUUGGAACCCUAUCUCAAACUUCUCCCAUCUCUGUUCCCAUAGGCUGUAUAAAUAACUCAAAUGGGUGUAAUGUUUUCUUAUAAUACCUGAGUAACAUUGAGCAUUGACUCACAUUUUGCUCCAAGUAUUUGACUUUCAUCCAUCUUUAUGGAACACAGGGAUUAGUUUUAUAAAAGAUAAUUAUUUUUUAAUUGACAGCUGAGUUGAUAUGUUGUCACUAUUCUGCGCAACCUGAGUAUUUGUCUGUUAACAUUGUUCUCAAAGUCCUUUAAACUUCCACACAGAAGGACAUCCACAGAUAAUUUUGUUUUACUUUUGUUUGUGUUCUGUAACUUCAGGAAACGUUUA